AUGUCAUUUGAUGGUGAGUCGACCUGGGCAAACCUCGGUUACUUCUCCAAAUCCUGUAUCAGCGACAUCGGCCUCUGUGGCAAGGGCUUCACCCUCUCCGUCCUGUACUUCGCCGAGAACCACCCCACCGAGACGGGCUACCUGGUCUCUUCGGGAGGACAGUCGCCCUCUUCCCGAGGAUUCUACUUCGGGUACAUCGGUGACAGGGAUGCCUACGAGGUGGGCGUGAUCAGUAAGGAGCAGAGGUGGUAUGUCAACUUCGAGUUACAGACCAUGCAGUGGACAAACAUACUCUUUUCUUGGAGCAACAGCACAGGAGUGGCACUGUAUGUGGACGGUGAGCUGGCUGCUCAUGCCGACCUGUCCCUCCCCAUCAUCCCCGACACCCUGCACGACGCCGACCCUGACUUUGACCCCGCCCCGAACCUGUUCCUGGGCAGGGCGAACCACCUGGACGACUACUACGGACAGGGGUACCUGUCAACACUCGUCUUCGUGGAGGAGGCACUCACCAUUGAUGACGUCAAGAAGUUCAUUAAUGGAGAUCUGUACUACAUCGACUGUGUUGAGGAAGAUCCCCAGAUCCCAGUCUACACCGUUUCUCCGUCCGUUCCUCCUGCCGAACUGUCCCCGGCCAGCUGCCGUGAGGCCUGUGCCGCCGACUCCUACCCCCUCGCCGUCCUCAAGGACGCUUGCUUCUGUUCCUCCGACAUGUACCAGGAGGGCGAGACCACAUCCUACGACGUCAACACGUGCGGUACCGCUUGCAUUGGCGAUGAUAAACCGGAAGAUGGCGCUUGCGGAACGCAGACCGCCGCCGCCUUGUUCUACACCACGGCGCUACUGAAAGUUCACGAUCUCCCCGAGGAACUGUCCGGACUGUCCGGAGAAGUCAAAUUCUCCUCCACCGAGAUAGAAACAGACGAGACGAUCAUGCUGAAUAUCUCUAACGCAGCCGGGGCCGAUCUCACUUACUAUGUAGACUUCCGAGACGGGACCGAGCCCAAGCUAACGACAUCGCCUCAUGUCUAUCAUAGUUUCUCCACAGCAGGGACGUACAAUGUGUCCAUCAUGGCUUGGAACGAUAUAACGUACCCGAAUGUCUACCACUUCUUGCCGACAGAAGUAGAAGAUUUCGUCCUCCCCAUUCGUUCCUUGGACGUCUACACUCAAGGAAAGUUUACCGAACUUGGGAACCCCACCACUUUUGAACGAGACAUGGCCACGGACGCUUCCGUGCGCUGCGUUUGGGACUUUGGCGACCAAACGUCAGAAGAAAUCUCAGAAGAUAGCGACUACCAGACAGAGUUCACGCACACGUACUCUCAAGUCGGUGUUUAUGCCGUCACGCUGACCUGUAGUUCCAAGAGAAACACCAUGGUGGCGGACACUACGGCUUUAGUUGGUCAGUCUCUUCAAAUAGAAGCCGUGAACAACCUAGUCGUCCCGUAUGGAGACACUGUGAGUCUGACGUGGCGUAUAGUGCAAGGAGAAUGGAGGAGCGUCAACACAGUUAGACUGGAUAACGUCAGCAUAACGGCUAUAACAGUUGACGAAGGUGGCCAAUCAGCUUCCGCAGAGAUAACCCAGUCAGACUACACCUGUCCCGGUACUCACGUGGCGGUUCUUGAAGUGACCAAUCCCGUAAGCAGCCUUGUUCACGUAGUCUUCAUCAACGUUGAAGACAGGAUCACAGGUUUCCAAGCCACCGCCGACAAGUACUACGCCACGCCCUUAGAAACCGUGACGUUCACCACUGCUGUAGCUACAGGCUCUAAUCUGUUCUACCUUUGGGAUUUCUACGAUACAAAAACGUUUGCAAGAAAAGUUCGUGGUCCGACCCCUAGCGGAGGUCACGCGGAAGUGAUGACCUUCAACUUUUCCUCACCAGUUGUGUACGACGUAAAAGUCGAGGUGGCCAACUUCGUGAGCUCGGAGAAAGAUACCUUGACCAUCAAGAUCGAAGAUAUCGUAGAAGGAUUGUUUCUGGUAGCUAACAACGUUUCAAAUCCGAACGAUACAGUUUCGUUCAUCGUUUCUCAAGAACCAGGCUUCACCAAACCUACCGACCCCGUCUUCAUCUUCGACUUCGACAACCAAGACAGCUCCGAAGAAUCCUUCGAGCUGUCCGUCGACGAUCCUUACCGUAAAGACUACGUCUUCGGCGUCUACGGUUUCUACGACGUCACCGUUAGGGUCAAGAAUCACGUGAGUGAGACGGAGAUGACAACCAUCAUCAUGAUCGGCGACUACCUCUUUGACCUGGAGAUCCUGACGCCGAAGUACCUCUACACCAGUGUUAGUGAGAACUUCACACUAGAGGCUACAGUGCGUUACGGAGCGGGGGUAGUGUUCUUAGUAGACUACGGUGACGGUACAACAGACGACAACAGCUACGAUCCGGUAAGCGGUGGCGACAUCUACCAAUUCUACCACGUCUAUCAACAUGAGGGAAAAUACAAGGUCAAAGUCACCGCUCAAAACCAUCUAAACUCACUAGAAGCUGAACUUGACCAAAAAGUCCACGUAAUGAACGCUGCCAGAGAGAUGACACUCACAAGUUCAAAACCGGACCCUCUUCCCCCAGGAACCGUGACCUUCGCUAUUUCCUUACCAGAAGGGAUAGGUUCCCCGAGUAACAUGACAUGUGACUUCGACUUCGGAGAUGGGGAAGCCGAAACCGUGUAUCCAGCGGUGGUCACCUCUAAACGUAACCUGACUAUACAGCACAUCUACAAGGGCCUGGGGAAGACCGACGCUUCGGCAUUGUGUUGGAACGACGUAAGCGACCAACUCAUCACUGCGGGCGUCCACAUGCAAGAGCCAGUUGGGGACAUCGGCAUUACUAUACUCACCCCCAUUCAGCAAGAGUUCGGGGAAGAAUCGGACGUUGAGGUUGAUCUCUCCACUGGCACCGAAGUCACCAUGGAGCUUGACAUGGGCGACGGCCAUGUCGAAACAUUCUACAUAGAAGGACCGGCGGCAAAAAUCCCUACGACGGCAUUCACAUACACAUACCCCCGUAAGGGGCUUUUCAACGUUACGGUAACAGUGUACAAUCUGAUUUCCUGGCGGCAGUUCAUGUACGAAGAACCAAUAGUAGUUCAGCAUCCUGUACGGGACGUACGGGUCUUCAGUAACGCACCGGUGUACUAUCCACCCGGUAACGUUACCUUCACCGUCAUGUACGAAGGAGAUAGCUUUCCGCCGACUGAUAUUCUCGUGGACUGGACCUGGGGUGACGGUACUACCAAGACUUCGGGCCCGGUAUCCAUCGAUUACACGUUUCGGUACGACGAAAUAUACCAGUACGGUCCGAGCAACUUUGGCGAAAUCGUCACCCACGCUCAGGUACGAAAUUUCAUCAGCGCGCAAAACUUCACAGUUGUGUCCUGGAUGUCGGAAGCUAUAUCAGGUCUGGCUAUCUCGUUGGUCUCCGUGGUCGGUGGCAGAAAGACUCAAGAAGGCUUCGGGCCGAACCAGGACUACUUCCCGAUCCAGUAUCCCAUACGCUUCACGGCGUCGGUCGAAACAGGGAAGGUGGUCUCGUAUCUUUGGAAUUUCGGAGACCGUUCGGAGACUGUAGAGACCUUCGGCCCAGUGGUGGAACACAGUUACGCUUCCGACGGAGUGUAUUACGUCACAGUUCGGGCGAAGAACCCGAAUGAAAACGUGACGGAGUUUCUAAAUAAGGCGAUCAUCGUGCAGGAGCCGAUGAGGUUCACCUCGCUUGGAACUCUGGGAUCGCGGGUCCGUCCCGGGAAGCUCAACGACACCAUCACGUUCAUGCUGAGGACUGAGCAUCUCGGGACGCAUGCGUGUUACGUCUGGGACAACGGCGAUGGAACAGUAGACGUGUACGGAGACCCCCAAGCGGGAUGCGCCGAUAUCCCAGCGUACCGCGGCUACCCCUUCCACGAGAUCAACCCUUCAAAGGACAAGUUCAUCAACCACACACACACCUACCUGGAGCUCGGACUCUUCAAAAUUAAAAUCAACGGUUCGAACGCGGUGUCGUCAAUCGUUUUGGAAGACCGCAUCCACAUACUCAACGUUGAGUGUGACUACCCUAUUGUAGAAAUGCAAGGAGAGGGAAAAACAUUCGAAACAAGGAGAGUCCACACACGGUCCUCAAAGGUACCCCUCAUGGCGAUCGUCAGUCUGAACUGCGAUGCAGGAAAUGCUGCCCAGUUCAACUGGCAAGCUCUGAAACUAAACGAAGAUAAUGGACAGUGGGAGGUCUACAACAUGAAGUUUAAGAGGAAAGCUGACGUCUUAUUCAAAGCACGUACAUUCGAGUACGGAUUUUACAAACUUACGCUGGAGGUGGAGAUUGAUCCAGAGGUGGUGGGGACAGAAGGAAUAGCCAAUGAGGAUUUCCGUUACUUCGAGAUUAUACAAUCUGACCUGAAGGCAGGCAUCAAAGGAGGCAUCAGCAAAGCCGUGGACAACGACACCCUACUACACCUUGACGCAAGCACGCUGACCUAUGACCCUGACGUAGAGAAAUGGGACAAGGAAGGCAUGGAAUACUAUUGGUAUUGCCGUCUGCCAUUUGAGAUCUUGCCGGAGGACCCAGACAGCUACACCGAAGGGGGCUGCUACAACACCGGCUACGCUCCGUUCAACUGCAGCGAGGACUACUACAAACUAAACACGUCCGACUUUUCCCCGGGGGAAACAUACGUGACCAGGAUAGUCGCCAAGAAAGGCAACCGGACGGCGAUGUUUGAGCAGACGUUAGAAGUCCUGCCACCUGUCGUUCCACAAAUGGAAGUCAGGUGUGUGAGCAACUGCUGGAAGAAGGUGAACCCCAGAGGAGUCCUGAAGCUGCAGGCGGUGUGCACCAGCUGCCGCCGCGGGAACCGGCUCACCUACACCUGGAAACUCUUCAGAGUCAACCACACCAUUCCGGAGAAGGCACCGCUAUUAGAGGAAGUCCCCAACUUAGGCAACCUGUCCCAAACAGGUGCUAGUACGUCGUCGCUGGCCAUCCGACCAGACACCCUAGAACAGGGCGCCACCUACCGAGUGAGAGUCAAAGCGUACGCCAACAACCCGGAAACGCCCGGGUUCUCGGAGGGUGAAUACGUCGUCAAUUAUAUCCCGUAUGGCGGGAGAUGUCACAUCAGUCCAAAAGUAGGCCAUGCGUACGAUACCAUGUUUAUCGUGGAGUGCACUGGUUGGAAGGAUGAGGGGGACUUACCACAAAGAGUGCCACCUGGCGCCGAACCACCGAAGGUCACUCUCAAGUACAAGUUCAACUCCAUCAUCAUGGGCGACACGAACCUGAUCUACUUCGGGAACAUCCCGUUCACCAUGCCGGUACAGAUCGCCAUGGGGGACUGCGAGCGGGACUUCGCCGCCGACAUCCUGGUCCAAGUCUUCGACCCUUACGAGGCGUACGCUGACUACAGACUGACUGUAAAGGUGAAACCUCCCAAACUGCCGUGCGGAGUGAACAGUUACGAGGAGCUGUUCCUCAGGGUGACGGACGGACCGAACAGCGAGCUGGCGAGGAUGAUGGCGGAGACCAAGAGCAAAGAGACCGCCUCUCUCAUGGAGUCGCUCACCUCUGUCAUGAACUCAAAGUGUCCUAUAGAACCUCAACUAGACCCAGAGUGUGGCAUUCCGACGGUGCCACCAGACGAGAACAUCAGGAAAGAACACAGAAAAAGGAUCCGAAAGAUCAUGGCGUCCAACGUCGGUACGAUAGGAGGCGUGGCAGAAGCGCCGGAGGACAUCCUCCAGGCCGCCAGCGCCACGCGGACCAUCUCCGGAGCACCGGACGAACUGGAACGUGGAACACAGGAGGGAUCAAUAGACUCUCUGUCCGGAAUGACGGGGCAGUUUGACGGCAUGGGCGAAGAGGUCGACGAAGAAAUGGUUAACCAAGUAGCAGGCGACCUCGUAGGCUCAUUGGGCAGCGUGAUGAAGGCAUCAGAGACAUCCGACGUGAAAGAGAUGUUUGACAACCUCAGCAAGCCGCCCCCGCCUGACGUGCCCCCGCCGGACCAGAGUGUCGAGGAGUACCUCUUCUACGAGGAGAUGAAGAGAAGGAAGACAUAUUUGAGACAACUGGCCGAAAGACCAUCAGCCAAGAAAGUUGCCAACACAGGUAUGGGCGCUGCUAGCACAGCCGCAAAGUCCGUGUCAGGGAAGAAACUGAUCGGUGAAGCCCCGACGGUCAUCGAAUCAGAUCAACUUAAUAUAGCUGUCGUCAGCGAUAAUAUUGAAGAUUCCGGAAACAAGUCACUUGAUAUUGGAGGUGGCAGCUUCGCCCUACCUAGUGCAGCAGAUAUGUUUGGCAACGAUACAGAAAUGGACAGUAUGAACACAGUAGUGAUGUCCAACCCCACCAACCCUUUCACGUUUGACGACUCAGCCAAGGCAGUGACGUCACCAGUCGUCACUAUGAACUUCAUGUCGUCCAAUGGCAGCAACGUGGGGGUCAAGGGCAUCUCAACUAACAUCAGCAUCACCAUUGAGAACCGGAUGUCAGGAGGAUCCGGGGAACCGAAGAACAUCACGUGGUGGAAAUCCAACUCUAACGACACCUACGUCAUGAAGGCCAAGGUCCCCAACGAAGGGAACGCUCUUAUCUUCGGACUGGUGCCGAAUCAGCCUGACCUGGACUUUGACGUGUACGUCCGGUUCGCCAAGCCGCCGACCCGGGAGGAUUAUGACUUCGUGGCGCAGGUCCCGGGUCUGACGGAGGAGGAGCUGUUUGAUAUCGGCGGACACGGUGUACCCGACACCUUCCUCGUCUUCGUACCAAACUACAUCGUGGCGGAACCUGGCUUCUACUACUUCGCCAUCGACGCUUUAAGCGAGGAAGUUGGAGAGGAGGUGGAGGUGGAGGUGGAGGGUGACCAGGGGGAAGCGGAGUCUGGUGACAAAGGAGGAGGAAGUGACGAUAGUGGAAAAGGGAAAGAAAAAAACAACACCAUCGAGUUCAAAUGGAUCGUCUUCUCACCCGGAUGUAAAUACUGGGACGAGGAGGGGGAGAAAUGGUCAAACGAAGGCUGUUCGGUUUCAGCAAUGACCACGUCCAAAUUCACGAUCUGCGACUGCAACCAUCUGACGUCGUUCGGGUCGGAGAUGGUGGUCGCCCCGAACACCAUCGACUUCUCCAACGUGUUCGCCAAGUUCGCGAACCUGUCCGACAACGCCGCCGUGUUCUCCGUGGUCGUGUCCAUCCUGCUGUUAUACGUCCUCCUGCUCGUCUACACCAGACGGGCGGACAAGAACGACAUCAUCAAGUGGGGGACACUUCCUCUGGUAGACAACGCUAAGAACGACCGUUACUUUUACAAACUGGACAUCUACACCGGCAUGCGGCCUGGCGCGGGAACCAAGUCUCGCGUGAACUUCAUCCUCUCGGGAGAAGAGGGUGACUCGGGCGUGCGCAUUGUGGACGACGGGAAGAGAACGUUGCUCCGCCGUGGAAACAUCGACCACGUGUUGUUAGGAGUUCCCAAGUCGCUGGGAUAUCUGACGUUCCUCCGCGUCUGGCAUGACAACUCCGGGAAGGGCAAAUACCAGAGCUGGUACUGUAACAAGGUAGUCAUCCAGGACAUACAGACGGGAGAACGGUAUUACUUCCUGUGUGACCGCUGGCUGGCCGUGGAGGAAGAUGACGGCCUGACAGACCGCAUCCUGCCGGUGGCCGGCACCGAGAACAUCAUCGGCUUCAACCACCUGUUCUUCUCCAGCUCCAAGCGGAACCUGUCUGACGGCCACCUGUGGUUCUCCGUGGCGUCCCGCCCGACCCGCAGUAACUUCACCCGCACACAGCGCCUCACCUGCUGCGUGGCGCUGCUCUUCCUCACCAUGAUCGCAAACGCCAUGUUCUACAAGAAGAGCGAGGUGGAAGACCCAGGAGAAUUUUCCCUCGGUCCAAUCACCUUGUCGCUCACUAACAUCAUCAUCAGUAUAGAGAGCACCCUAGUGGUCCUCCCGGCCAGCAUGGCACUCGUCACCUUCUUCAAGAAGGCCAAGUACAAACCAACUGCUGCUGAGAAGGAGGCGGAGGAAAAGAAGAAAGAGGAGGAAAAGAAGAAGAAGGAAGAAGAAGGGAAAGAGAAAGACUUUGACGACAUCGGGAAAGAGCUAGAACCGGAAGAGAAGGAAGCCAUGAAGCUGAAGGAGGCGGAGGAGCUGGAGGAGGGAAAAGAACCGACAGCAGAGGAGGUUGUGACCAUACUGAACACACCCAAGCCAAGCCCGGAGCAGACCUUACCGUGGUGGAUUUUCUAUGUCGGCUGGGUGUUAGCCUUCUUCUCCAUCCUGGGACCCGCGUUCUUCGUCAUCUUGUACAGCCUACAGUGGGGCAAAGCAAAGGCCGAGGGCUGGCUGUCCUGCAUGAUGCUGUCCAUAUUCCAAUCAACGCUCGUCGUACAACCAAUCAAGAUUGUCGCCAUUGCCAUGCUGGUAGCCAUCAUCUUUAAGAAGCCCACAGAAGAAGAAGACGACUCUCUUCCCGAGGAGUAUAAACUUGGGAAAGACGAGGAAUGGAUAGAUACUGAGGAAAAUGGCGAGGGACUAGCGGAGCACCGUGCAAAAGCGCCCCCACCGAUGAUCACAGAAGAGCAGCUGAGAGAGAUCAAGGAGACCCGGCGGAAGGAAAUCAUGAUGUGGGCCAUCAUCAAAGAGUUCCUGGCCUACACGUUCUUCCUAUGCGUUUUACUACUGCUGGCCAAUGAACACAGAGACAAACAAGCUUUCGGGAUGCACACGUCUCUGCAAAAUGAGUUUGUUGGUAGCUUUACUGACAAGGUCAGCAGUGUGGCCAACUUCUGGAAGUGGGCCCAGGGAAGCCUCAUCCCUGCUCUCUACCAAACCGGCGAGUACAACGGCGACAAAAUCCCAUUCCACAACCGGAAGUUUGUUUCCGACCUCAACUCGUACCGAAUCGGCCCGGCUCGCUUCAGACAACUGAGAGUAAAAACAGAAAAGUGUCAAACGACCAGGAUCGGCAUAGAAGAGUGUUACGACGAGUACUCCUUCGGCGAUGCCCAGAAGGGCGUGUUCAAGCCCAACUGGGUGGCCGUGAACGAGAGUGAAGACUACGUGCCGUGGGACCUGUGGUUCGUGUACCAGACGUCAGGGGAGACCAAGGGGGUCCCCAUCAUCGCGGAGAAGUCCGUGUAUGGAGCAGGGGGGUACGUGGUGGAGCUGGGCGUCAACAACCCCACAGGAUUAAUGGUGCUGGACCAGUUAUUUAAGGAAACCUGGAUCGAUCACAACACCAGGGCGGUGGUGACGGAGUUCAGCGUCUAUAACGCCAACAUCAACUUGUUCGGCUGCGUCAUCCUUACAGCAGAGUUUCCACCAACCGGAGCAGCCAGUACCUACGCUCAAGUCAAGAUAUUCCGACUUUAUAGCUACGUGGGCUCUCUAGCGAUUAUCAUCAUCGCUGCGCAGGUCCUGUGGGUGAUAUUUAUUGUCUACUUCACCAUAAGAGAGAUCGGCAACAUACGAAAACAGAGGAAGGAAUACUUCAAGAGUUUCUGGAACUGGGUGGAGAUCGUCAUCAUCCUAAUGUCUUUCCUCUCCCUGGCCAUGUACGGCUAUAGGGUCAUGGGAGCCGGGGCCGCCAUGGAAGCUUUCCAACAAAACCCACGAAAAUUUGUGAGUUUUCAGCGCCUGGCCACGAUGGACGAGAUGUACGUGUACGUCAUGUCCACCCUGACGUAUGUGGGAGUCUUCAAGUUCAUGCGACUGAUGAGGUUCAACAAGCGAGUGUGCAUCCUGUUGGCCAUCAUCAAGAACUCCAUCCCCGCCCUCGGCCUCUUCACCAUCAUGUUUACCAUCUGCAUGACGGCGUUCGCCCUGUCCGGUCUCGUCAUCUUUGGACAAAACAUGCCGGGCUUUAAGAAUCUCCUCAGCACAUAUGAAGGUCUUCUCGCCAUGGUGCUGGGUGACCUGAACUUUGAGGACAUGCGCAACACACACACCAUUCUGGGCCCUGUGUACUUCUGCGUGUUCGUCAACCUCAUGAUCAUGUUGGUCAUGAACAUGUUUGUCAGUAUUCUAGACGAGACCUACGGUGCAGUGAUGGAGGACGAGAGCCAGCACGGCUCGAAGGAAGACGAAGAGAUGGUGGAGUUUAUGUGGAUGAGGUUUAAGAGGUUCACUGGGUUAGGAGGAAGACCCAAGCCACCCGAACCAAACUUCGAAGACGGAAUUCCGUUUAACGGGCUCCGUGUGACGAACGCCUCUGACAAGUUCGUGUACCGAGGCAUGGUGGACAACUACUACGACGAACAGGACGAAGGCAUCUACGAAGACGACGACGUCGAUGACAUCAUCGCCAAAUGGGAGAAUGAGAACUUCCGUGAAAAGAAGAAGAAGAACCUCGACGAUGAUUUCAUUCUCUCGAAGCCAAACAAGGAAUCAACUGUAGAGGCCAGCCCGUCCAAGUCUGCACCGGGCCCGAAGGUUAUUCCAGGCGCUCCGGUCAAGAACACCACGAGAACAUACGACUGGAAGCUGCCUGAGGCUGAUGACAAGGACGGUGAGGAUGAGGGAGCUUCGGAUGAGGUGAAAGACAAGAAGGACAAGAAACCGAAAGAAGAAGAACCACCUCCGGCAGCGCCUGAAGAAGUCGAAAUAGAAGAAGAGGACAUGGACGAGGAUGAGGAAGUCAGCCUGUUUUCCAAGUACUAUUAGUAAAACUUAAUCACAUGGCAAUGCUAAAGCAUAUAUAUAUAUAUAUAGUACAUAUAGUACAUAAGUACAACAUACAGCACGUCAUGUAUAACCCAAGUCUACUUCAAAUUAUCGUGUAUUGUAUUAUGCCACAAUGUAAUGCAUCAACAAAAAAGUUCUAUAUUUGUAGAAAGGCAGGAUCGUAUCAUAUGGUCUGACGCAUGUACGUAAUUGUUUCAUUACACAAUAUAUAGUUGAUAAUAAUAACGCCACAGUGAUAUCUAAAUAUAGCAGUGACAAAAUUGUAUAUGGCACAACUUCACAGAUAUAAGUGUAUGAUACAUAGUAUAUAUAUCCUAUAGAUGUUCUGUUAUUUUUGUACAAAGCUCUACUAUAUACAUCAUAGCAAGAGGCAAUUUGGCAGCCAUUGUUGAAACAAGCUGUACAUACAUUUCUGAUAAUGUCAUUAUAUAAAGGCCCCUCCCCCCAAAAAAAUAAUUGAUCUAAUUCAAUUGAAUUAUGCUGUGAAACGUUUUAGCUAAAACUGUCUAUAUACCAAACUCAUUGUCUUUGUCACAAAUGCCUAAGUGACGUAAAAUCAUUACAAAGAACUGGUUUACAUGUGCAAUUCAUAUUAAAAUGAACAUUUAAUGCAUCGACACGACAUUGUCCCCUUUGUAGUUUUAAUAGACAUCUCUAAAGAAAACAAAAACACUUGUGUAACGAUAGUGUAUAUUGUCCACAAAGUGCAAUAUGUGGAAUGGUGAGUACCGAAGAUUGUGUAGUUUAAACCUUGCCGAAGCUGCUGUAUCACCAAUGUAUUGACCAUAGUCAAGGAAAAUCGAAUAAAAUAUUUG